AUCAGAUUCGUAUCCGUGGCUCCCCCAGAGAUGCUACCCACCAUGGCACCUGGCUGCGCCCAUCCUGUGCCGUGGCUGAGCGCUCCAUCCUUUGAGAGGUCGCAGGCGCGGCUUCGCCGUGCUGCUACAGAGUUCCCAGUGCUACCUUUGCCUCACACGCUCCAGGCGGCCCGAAGAAACGGCCGAAGAUCGGGCGCCCUGGCCCUGGCUGUGGGUCUGCGCCGGCGCCGAGGAUCUUUUUCUGCACGACCGUCACGACUACAGGCAACUUCAGACAAGAAGGCCUGGGACGACACGGAGGAUGCAGAUCUAUGGGAAAACAUCCGUGGGCCGCCCCCUGGACAGAUCAAUUCUUUUGCUUGUGUAUCAAGUCGUUGCCAAGUUCCUGGGGCCUCGCUGAAAGAUGCCAAGAUUUUUGCUGCCACUCGCACCAUUGCAGUUGCCCCUUGGUCUGAGGACGUGACGCCCAAACCCAUCUUUGCCAUCUCGGAUGGUCCGGGACUGGUGGCCGAACUGGUGGCCAAGAUGGGUUUCAGACAAUUUGGUGACAUCUCCAAGUCCAUGGUCGAAGUCCUCGCUGAAGUGGAGACCAAGGAAGAUGUGAAGGCAGCCAUCGACAAGGCUGCCACUUUGGCCCCGGAAGAGUCCUUGGCCAUAGAGCAGGCCGGUGCCAUGGUGAUCUUCUCCAUGAGCGACCAAGAAAUGGCCGAAUUUCUGGUGGCGGAAUGCGGCCAGCAGGGUGUGCCUUGCAUCAAUUUCAUGGAGAGCGUGGUUUUGGCCCUUGAGAGUCGCUUGCAGCUGCCUCGUGGCUCCAGGGACUCGCCCGGAGCGGCAUCGCGCUACGGCGUCUUCGCGGUGUCCGACAGCUCCGCGGAGGCGUCGUAUCGCAUCAGCUGCAAGGCUUUGAAGCAAUUUCCCAAGGCCAAAGUUCAACAGAUCACCUGUUGUCCUGGCGUCAAGUCUUUGCAGGAGAUUGAUCACAUCGUGCAGGAAGCCUUACGCAGAAACGGUGUGAUCAUCUACACCUUGGCAUCGCCUGGCAUGAGCCGUUUCCUGCGGCAGCAAUGUGAACGAGCGAAGGUGCCCUAUGCAGAUGUCUUUCAGCCUGUGGUCAUUGCAUUGAAGAGAUAUCUGGACUACCCCCCAGUAGGCGUUGCAGGGGGCCACUACUCGAAGGAGGAUCGACUUCCAGCAAAGUCGCUGGAACUUCCGUGGGAAGAGAAGCCCAUCAUCGAUUGAUUGUGGGAUGUGUCAAACCUUGG